AAAAAAAAAAAAGAAAAAAAAGAGGAUGCUGAAGGAGAGAGGAGGGAGAUGAGUUCUGGCAGUAGCAGCAGUGAAGAGCAGCUGCACCAGCAGGAAAAACAUUGCUGCAUAUCUCACGAGUUUCUCAGAGCAGCAACCAGAAACCCUACGAAAAUCGCCGUGAUACAGGCAGCACCAUCAGGUGAUGAUCAGCGUCAGGUUGCUGCAGAAUUGAUCAAUCCUGGAAGCUCGGUUUCCUCCGCCUCCUCUUCUUCUUUUAAUCCGCUGGUGUAUGAAGGAGACCAAUGUUUUACUUUCCGUGACUUGUUGAAGUCUGUUGAUUUCCUCAGCUCUCGCCUCCGGGAUGUUCUUGAUGGUGCUGAUGUAUCCCGCCUUUUCAGAGCCCAAUCCUCAUCAGGUAAGGGUAAUCCUGAUGAGCAGAGCACACCUGAUGUAUCCAAGUCGUCCUCAAUGGAUGAGUAUAAGAAUGAGAAUAGACCAAAAAUUUUGGGAAUAUAUAUGCCACCUUCUGUGGAGUACAUAAUCUCUGUUUUUUCAGUUCUAAGGUGUGGAGAGGCUUUUUUGCCUCUUGAUCCUUCAUGGCCAAAAGAUAGAAUAUUAUCUACUGUUUCUUCUGCAGAUUGUGAGCUUAUUAUUACUUCUGAAUCAUCAUAUGGCAAAGGCAGUCUCAGCAAUCUUGGUAACUUGAAUUGGCUUGUUGAAUUUAGCAGUUGUCCUGUCUUACGUUUUUCUGUGGAAGAAGCCCUUGAAGAGUGUGUUGGUCCACUACAGAUAGCUUGGCCUUGUGAAAAAGAGGAAAAAAGGUUGUUCUGUUAUUUACUGUAUACGUCUGGAUCAACUGGAAAGCCUAAAGGGGUGUGUGGCACAGAACAAGGGCUAUUAAAUCGCUUUCUGUGGAUGCAAGAAUUGUAUCCCAUGCAUGAAAAUGAAGUCUUGUUGUUCAAAACGUCAUUAAGUUUUAUUGACCACCUGCAAGAAUUUCUUGGUGCUAUGCUUGGCGCAUGUACACUAGUUAUACCUCCUUUCAGUCAGCUGAAGGAAGAUCCAUUUUCUAUUGUCAAUUUUAUACAGGCCUACUGUAUAAAUAGGCUUAUUGCCGUUCCUUCACUGAUGCGAGCAAUCCUUCCUGCUUUGCGAAGUCAUCAACAUAAAAUGCAGAUCCAGAAUUCUCUGAAGUUGCUAGUGCUAAGUGGUGAAGUAUUUCCUUUAUCCUUGUGGGGUGAGCUUUCCAAUUUACUACCUGGGACCACCAUUUUGAAUUUAUAUGGGAGUACAGAGGUAUCUGGUGAUUGUACAUAUUUUGAUUGCAAGAGGUUGCCACUUAUUUUGGAGACAGAGUCUCUAACAAGUGUUCCAAUUGGUGUGCCUAUUUCUAAUUGUGAUGUAGUACUGGUUGGUGAAACUGAUACACCCAAUCAGGGAGAGGUAUGCGUUGGCGGUCUCUGUGUUUGUGGUGGUUACUUCUCUGAUUCUGCUUUGUCAUCUUUUGACUCUCUCAAAGUGCAUAAAACCCUCAUCUGUAACUGUUUGGUGGAUGACUGUGGGAGUCAAGUAUAUUACAGAACUGGUGAUUUUGCACAACGGCUUCAAUGUGGUGACUUGGUAUUCUUGGGGCGAGCUGAUCGCAGCAUAAAAGUUAAUGGGCAACGUAUAGCCUUAGAAGAGAUUGAAAUUACACUCAGGACACAUCCUGAUGUUGUUGAUGCUGCUGUGGUUUCUUCUGAAGGUCCAGAGGAGCUCUUGCACCUUGAAGCUUUUUUGUUGUUAAAAGAUAAACAAAAAUCUGGUGACUCAUUAAGAUCUUCAAUCAAAAAUUGGAUGGCUGGCAAGGUUCCUUUGGUUAUGAUUCCCAACCGCAUUGUAUUUAUUGAGUCAUUGCCCAUCUCUUCCGGUGGAAAAGUUGAUUAUGCCUUGUUGUCAACAUCAGCAUUUUACACGCUGAAAGUUCAAGAUAAGAUUUGCAACGCUGAUAUCACUGAUCACUUUCAUAUUAUAAAAAAGGCAUUUUGUGACGCUUUAAUGGUGGAAGAUGUUUCUGGUGACGAUGAUUUUUUUAAGUUGGGUGGUAGUUCCAUUACUGCAGCACAGGUUUCUUAUAAUCUAGGAAUUGAUAUGAGAUUGCUUUAUAAAUUUCCUACUCCAUCUAAGCUUCGCAAUGCUCUGCUAGAUAAGAAGGCUCCUUACAAAGAUGUCAAAACUGAUACAAGUUGGAAAUCAAAUCUGAAAGAACAUAGCUGGAGUAUGUCUCAUUCUGUAAAUUCCUCUAUUUCUAAGGCGCAGAAAUUUCAUCAAAUGAAUGAUCACAAUGUUGCAGUAUCCAAGCACUUUAAGGUUAAUUUGGACAAUCACAUUUCCCCAGAAAAUGUUAGUCUUAGUGGUGGAUAUCCUUGGUCUUCUGUGAUACCAGUCUCAUGUUCAUUCAGCCGGGGCAACAAGGUUAUGUAUGAAGAGGAGUGCAGGUUGAGAAAUAUUCAUCAAUUAACUUGGUCCACAGAACUUCCAAGAAACAGAAAAGGUUCUUCAAUGCUGGAAUUGUGGAAGGUUCACAUGGAAUCUUGUGUAGAUGCAUCACCACUUAUUGUGUUUAAAGGCCAAGAUGUCUAUUUGUUUAUUGGAUCUCAUGCACAUAAGUUCACCUGUGUUAAUGCCAAAAGUGGUUCUAUCCAGUGGGAGGUCAAACUACAAGGACGAGUUGAAUGUUCAGCUGCAAUUGUUGCUGACUUUUCUCAGGUUGUAGUUGGAUGCUACAAAGGGAAAAUAUAUUUUCUUGAUUUUUUCAAAGGUAGUAUUUGUUGGACUUUCCAAACAUGUGCUGAGGUGAAGUGCCAGCCAGUUGUGGAUAUACACAGACAAUUAAUCUGGUGUGGCUCCCAUGACCAGUUUUUAUACGCUCUUGACUACAGAAAUCGUUGCUGUAUCUAUAAGCUCUCAUGUGGUGGAAGUGUAUUUGGAUCUCCUGCAAUAGAUGAGAUGCAUGACACACUUUAUGUGGCUUCUACCAGUGGUCGUGUGACAGCUGUAUCAAUAAAGGCAUUACCAUUUUAUACCUUAUGGCAGCAGGAGCUACAGGUGCCAGUAUUUGGGUCACUUACAGUUUGUUCUCCAUGUGGAAAUGUUAUUUGUUGUUUAGUGGAUGGAAACAUUGUUGCAUUGGAUUUAGGUGGAUCCAUCAUUUGGCAGUGUAAAACUGGUGGUCCUGUAUUUGCUGGAGCCUGCUCAUCUUCUGUGCUUUCUUCUCAGGUGCUGGUAUGUUCAAGAAAUGGAAGUGUUUAUUCAUUUGGAAUGGAAAAGGGAGAUCUGCUCUGGGAGUACAAUGUUGGCGAUCCCAUAACUGCAUCUGCUUAUGUUGAUGAGCACUUGCAGCUGGUGUCCGACUCUUUCCUUGUAUCAGAGAGGUUGGUUUGUGUAUGUACUAGUUCUGGGAGCAUACAUUUGCUUCUUAUCAGCUUGGAUGAUGCAGGCAAGGCUAGCCACCCAAGUAAAAAUGCAGUUCAGGAAAUUGCAAGGUUGGAGCUUCCAGGAGACAUAUUCUCUUCACCAGUGAUGAUUGGAGGCAGGAUUUUUGUUGGCUGCCGGGAUGAUUAUGUGCACUGUGUUUCCCUUAAAAGUCAAAGUUCAGUGGAAGAAUAAAAGUUCUGGUCAUCAAUAUUUCCGAUCAAAUGCAUUCUUAUAAAACUACAAUUAUGAACUGCUAUAUCGGUUUAAAGCUUUUAGAGAUCACUUGUUGCAUAUGGUAGUGAUGGCCACAAAUUUGAUGCGUUGCCCUCGGGACCACAUGUUUGCAGCAUAUGAUAUCAUAAUCAGCUAGCAAUCCCCUUUUCUCGUGUUAGCUGUGACAACAAUCAAUUGAAUUUCCAUUCUGCAUAGUGUGCAUUACAGCAAACAUGGGUGGCUACAUUAAAUAUCAUAAGCGGAGUUCGAUUGAAAAGUUUGCUCGAGGACAUGAAAAAAAGCAACCUCCGUAUUCUCAAGAAAUUCAGAUAAGAGCAUCCAGUUGGUUAGCUGGGCACAUCUUUCUACAGAGUAUAGAAGCGCUUGUGACAAAGCCUGACUUGAUAACGUGUUAUCCUGGAAAUAAUGCUGGGAAUUUCUUGGCUUCAAGUGAAUUUAGUAGAGAUUUGGAAGGAAUGCAAUUCUAGUGAUGACUCAACUCAGCCCAACUAAGCAAAGCAAGAAUAAAAAAAUGGUCGAUUCUGCCAUUGGAUUCAAGUUUUGCGGAGCUUUUGGUUUCAACCUGGGUUAUUCUACCAUGGACAAAAAAGUAGAGAUCACCUCCCUCGAGAAUCUCGCAUUCCACCUUCAGGGCCAUCAAAGAGAACCAAUUCGUACAACGGCAAUGAGGAAGCUACGGCGGGGGGCCGUAAAGGUGGCAAGACCUAAUUUAUUGGAGAGAUUUUCAUGGAAUAUUAUCUUGGUUGGUAAUUGAUUUUCUUCCUGUAUUAAUAAUACUAAUGCUAAUGUUAGUGU